GGAGAAACAGGGCGGACGACAUGGGACGGGAACAGCCGAAAGAGAAACGCACAGGGGGGGAUUUCGCCGCCGCGACCCGCCGGAGCGGAGCGAGCGCCGCGCUGGGGCAUAUGGUGGAGCACCGCCUGCCGACAACCGGCCUGCCCCCCGCGGCCGGGCCCCGCCGCCAUUCCCGACGGCCGCGGCGCCGUUGCCGCCUGCUCCUCCCCCCGACCUUCGCCCUGGCGCUCCUCUCCCUCGCCUACCUCUCCUUCUCCUCCCACGCCAGCCUCCCAUUCCACCCAAUACAUCAAGGUCCAAUGAACAGGGAGAACGUUGGAAAGGGAAUGGAUAAGAGAGACAAACGCAAUACCACGGUCAAGGAAAAUAUCUCUAUGACUAUAGACAAGUCAGAACCCUUCAUCAAAGGAAGAAAGAAAAAGAGUUAUGGGCCCUGUGAAAUUGAGUUUUUGCCGUCGGUUGACAAUCUUGUGGAGCCUGCUGACUACAACAAUUUUACACAGUUUUUGUUGAAGUAUAUCUUGACUGAGGGACAUUUGAUUGGUAAUGGGAUUUUUGAACCAUUGUUUGCUGGGCACCAGAGUCUUCAGGAAAGAGAGGAAACAUAUUAUGCAAAAAACCAAAGUCUUCACUGUGGUUUCGUAGAAGGUCCAGAGGGUUAUCCUAGUAGUGGAUUUGAUUUGGAUGAACAUGACAGGGCUUAUAUGGCUACCUGCCGUGUGGUGGUUUCAUCAUGCAUUUUUGGAGGCUCUGAUUACUUAAGGAGACCAACUAAAAGCAGAAUUGGCUCAUACUCUAAGAAGAAUGUGUGCUUCAUCAUGUUCCUGGAUGAGCUAACGUUGACAACCCUUUCCUCUGAAGGACACAUCCCUGAUGAAAAUGGAUCCAUUGGUCUUUGGAGAAUUGUUGUAGUUAAGAAUUUACCCUACAAAGAUAUGCGGAGAGCAGGAAAGGUGCCAAAACUUCUGGCUCACCGACUCUUCCCAUCUGCCUUGUACUCCAUCUGGUUGGAUAGCAAAUUGCGUCUUCAUGCUGAUCCAAUGCUUAUCAUUGAGUAUUUCUUAUGGAGAAAGAAAGCAGAGUACGCCAUUUCAGUGCACUAUGAUCGCACCUGUGUCUGGGAGGAGGUGCUUCAGAACAAGCGCUUAAACAAGUACAAUCACACUGCUAUCGACGAGCAAUUUUACUUUUAUCAGUCUGACGGCCUUGUGAAGUUUAAUGCCUCUGGCCACGAUCCUGUUCUACCGAGUUAUGUGCCCGAAGGAUCUUUCAUCGUACGUGCCCAUACACCAAUGUCUAAUUUAUUUUCAUGCCUUUGGUUCAAUGAGGUCAACCGUUUCACGUCACGUGAUCAGUUGAGUUUUGCAUACACUUACUUGAAGCUCAGGAGAAUGAACGCUGGAAGAAAUUUUCAGCUAAAUAUGUUUAAGGACUGUGAAAGAAGAGCAGUGGCUAAACUGUUUCAUCACCGAGCUAAUGGAACUACAGAUCCACCCCCAAAAAACCUUCGCACAGAUAAAAAUCAUUCAUCGAUGCCAAGCUAAGACUGCCAUCAAGGAAAUAGAAGCUAAACUCCUCUAAUGGAAGAUCUCGAUGCUAGCAGACAGGAAGCGGGCCGCCGCCUGCACCCCUACAUGGAAUGCUUUUUCACUGCUGCCUCCUGGUUUCCACAGUUUCCAGACGCGGGAGAAAUCUUACAGAGCUGUAUUCUGCUGCGAUCAGAGUAGCAGAAAACGGACAGUUUCAGGUUCCAACCAUGCAUGCUUUUACUUGCAAAGUCGUUGGUGGAAGAGAUACAUAUCGGGGAAAAUACCCUUUGAACAUGGUGGUAAUUACACCUGAUAAGUGAUUUUAUUUUUAAAAAAUUCAGAAAAAGUCAAAAUGUUCCAAAACUUUUACCCAA